UUGCCUUUCAUUAUGACUGUUGCUGAAUGUAGACCAAAAAACUAAAGCCAACACUAAAUCAAUUCCUCCAAGUUCGCCGACAAGAGCAGCCGGCGCGGCGUUAAUUGCUUAAACACCACCCAAAAAACGAGGACAAAAAGCAACACACGCGGUAAUCAUUAGGGGAAACCUGCAAAUCAUCGAUACUUCUUCAACUAACUUCGACUCUUUGGUAUAAAAAGUCAUUCUUUGACUGCUAUUCAAUCAGAAACUUGGCGAACAGGAUGAAGUGGCAAAUCGCAUUUGUACUUUUAGUUUUAUCAAUUUUAAAACCGACAAUUGCAGCUAUUAACAGCUCAUUUGUAAUCAGUGUCAUUGAAAAACUGUACGAUGUUUAUCCCGUAAAAAUAGUUCCAUUUUUCUGGAGUCGUUUCAUCGAAACCGAGGAUAGUUUGUUAGUGAAUCUCUCUCAGGAACUAACCCAGAAAUAUCAAAUUCCCCAAAUGCACUUUACGAAAUAUUCAAAUCAGGAGCUGAGAUAUCUGCUAAAUGCUAAUUCAACACUUUCCAUUGUUCUAACGGAUCACUUGUCAAGGGAAAUUCUUAAAAUAGUCUCAGCUCGGCUACAAGGAAUGCAUUUGGCUAAAUUGUUGGUUGUAAUAGAGGAACCGGUUGUUCUUGAGCAAUUGAGAUACUUGCUGAAUUGGCUCUGGAAGAAACAAUUCAUAAAUGUCUUGGUGCUGUAUCAGGACAUUGUCAGCAAACAAAAUCAAAUCUUUGGUCUUAAUAUUUAUCCAAUACUUCAUUGGACCAAUAAAACAGAUGUUUCUGAUUCAACUAAGCUCUUUAUGGAAAAUACCAAGGACAUGAAACAGUAUCUAAUUGAAAUUUACUACAUGGAAGAUGUUCCGAGGGUUUUUAUCCUCAAGAAUCACGGAAAGAACAGAAUCGUUGGGCGCCAUGCAAAUAUCAUACAAUUAUUCGCCAAACACAUGAACAUAAAGAUUGUCUAUAAUUUUCAACCGAAUUCGGAUGAGGAGAAAAUUCUCAGAGAAUUCCGUAAUGAAAACAGGGAGCUUAGUGUCAAUUCGUAUGCAAUGUUCGAUUUGGAUCAUAUUGGACGCAGUUAUCCUUUGGACAUGGUUAGUUGGUGUAUCAUGGUGCCGUUGCGUAGCGAGGUGCCAAAAAGUGACUAUGUUAUCAUAAGUUUCGAUAGAGCCACUUGGAUUGCAGCUGGGCUAAGUGUUAUUUAUAUAGCUCUGUUGUUGCGAUUUAUUGAUCCGCAAUCUUCGGAGACCACGAGGAAGAACUUUUUCCUUCGGAGUUUGACAAUUUUAAUGUACAGUCCGAAUAUGGAGGGACCGAUAACGAUGCCAACUGUGAGGCAGUUUGUGUUUUUUGCUCAGGUCUUUCUUCUGGGAUUCAUAUUGUCUUGCAUUUAUUCUACAUAUUUGACAAGUUUCUGUACGAAUAUGGUGUUCCAACCCCCGAUUGAUAGUGUGGAAGAUUUAGUGAAGGAGAAUCUACGAGUGAUGGUUAUAGACUACGAGCUCGAGGCGAUUCGUACGCGAGCUAGUUGUACUUAUGGCGAGACAUUUUUAAAGCUUCUCUAUCCAGUUUCAUAUCAUGAGGUUAAUCAUAGGAGGCUUGAUUUCGAUGAUGAAUACGCAUACACAAUUCGUGAAGACCGGUGGGAUUUUAUCGACAAGCAACAGAGAGGUUUGAAAAAGGUUUUCUUUCGUCUUUCGAAUAUAUGUUUUGGUAGUCAUUUUACUAUGUUUCCAUUGCAAAUUGAUUCGCAUCUUCGUCCUCAUCUGGACCAGUUUAUUUUGCUAACGCAACAAGCUGGUUUGAAUUUAUUUUGGGAUGAGGAGGCAUUUCGAAUGGCGGUUGCAAUGAGAUUAUCAAAAGUUCUAGUUGAACAGACAGUUGUGGUGCAACCAUUGCAAUUGGAUUAUUUUAAACAUGUGUAUGCUGGAUUUUGGUCAUUGAUUGAGCUUUAGAACGAGCUAAGAUGUUGGAGGAAUAUGUACAAGGAAGUAAUAGAACGAAGGAUAAUGUAAUAA